GCUUGAGGCUGCCCCUUAUUGCGUCCUCGCAACGCGCAACGCGUGACACUCAGCGCACGGCGAUGGGCGCGCGCUGGGAGCAGCUCGAGUGCGGCCUCGCGCUGCUGAAAAUCAAUUGGGGCAUCGGCAUGAUGGCCAUGGCGUACUACAUCUCGCUGCUCGGCGCCCCCUGCGGCGUCGCCUUCUUCGUGUUCACCAUGCUCAUCACCUACCUCGGCGUCGACCGCCUCCUGCGCGCCGAGGACGCGCUCGACGGCGACGGCGACGACGGCGCGCCCGACGCCGCGCUCCUGCCGGCCGAGAAACGCGGCAGGGACGCGACGUACACGUCCGUCUGCCGCGGCGCGCUCGGCCCGCGCUACGAGACGCUGGCCUGCGCGCUCAUCUGGCUCUGCAGCGUGUCGUCGUGCGUCGCGUACGCGACCUUCGUCGCCGACAACGGCGCGCGCUUCGCCGGCGGGCCGCGCUGGGCCUGGGCCGCGGCGCUCGGCGGCUGCGCGCUGCCCGGCGCGCUCUUCCUCGGCGACCGGCUCGACUCGCUCAGGUGGUGCAACGCCGCGGGCCUGGGCCUGGGCGUGCUCUUCAGCGGCCUCGUCGUCGGCAGGUGCGGCCGCCGCUUCGGGUCGCUCGCGGCCGUCGCCGCGGCGCUCCGGCGCGACGCGCCGACGCCCGCGGAGGCCGCGGCGAAUCUGCCCGUGGCCGCGGGCAUCGCCGUCUUCUGCAACGAGGGCAUCGUCGCGCUCGCGCCGUCCGCGCGCAGGGACAUGAGCCGCGCGGGGCGGCGCGCGUUUCGGGCCGUGGUGGCGAAGACGUUGGUCGCCUUCACGGUCUUCUACAUGGCCGUGGGGCUGUCCGGCGCCGCGCUCUACGCGGACGUGAGCAGCGAGCUCGCGCUCUCCUUCUCGGAGAACCCCCUCGACGCCGUCGCGGUCAUGGCCUACGUGCUGCAGCUCGUGCCGACGAGCGUCAUCGUCUUCUUCCUCGCCUUCGAGACGGCCGAGGGCUGGUGCGCGCGCCGGUCGGGCCGCGACGCGCGCGCGAGCCUGCCGCGGAACCGCGUCCUCGCGGGCCGCGUCGCCACCGUCGUCGCCUGCGCCGUCGCCGGCGCGGCCGUGCCCCGCUUCGGCGAUUUUCUGGCGCUGACGGGCUCCGUGUCCAACGCCGCGACGAUCUACGUUUUGCCCCACCUCAUGUUCUUCCGCUGCGUGCCCGGCGCGCCGCGCGGCGAAAAGGCGCUCUCCUGCGCGAACGUCGUCUUCGGCGUCGUCUCCGGCGUCGUCGGCACGGUGCAGAGCGCGAGGGGCCUCUUCGCGCUCGCCUUGCUGCUCGGCCUCGCGCGCCCCAUGUCGGCGUUGAGCGCGCGCGCGUCGCUGGCCUGCCCGCACCUCAAGCUCAACUUCGAGGCGUCGGCGUCGGAGAUCGCCGCCAAGUCCGCGGCGCUCGUCGCGGGCCUCGACGCCGCCGUCGCGCGCAUCGCGUCGGGCGCGUCGGGCGACGCGGGCGCGGACUGGAUCGGCGCGACGGACGCCGUCGCCGCCGCGUCCGCGGAGGUCUGCCUGCCCGCGCUCGUCGCGACCGACGACGCCGCGCGCGACGCGGGCGCCGCGGCGAAGCGCGCUCUCAUCGACGCGUUCCAGCGCGCGCACGGCGACGCGGGCGUCUACGCGGCGCUGCGGGCGCAGGCCCCCGGCGACGCGCGGCGGGCCGAGGCGCUCCGGCGCCACGUCGCGCUCUUCGAAGCCAACGGGCUGGGCCUGGACGACGCGGCCGCGCGGAGCGACGUCGCCGCGGUCCGCGCGGAGCUCGGCCAGCUCUGCGCGGCCUUCGAGCAGGCCAUCAACGUCGACGCGAGCUACGUCACGUUCGCCGAGGCCGAGCUGGCGGGGCUGUCGCCCGCGGCGAUCGCGGCUUUACCGAGCCGCGACGGCGGCGCGACGCGCGACGUGUCCCUGAAGGCGCCGACGCUGACGCCCGUGCUCCAGAGCUGCGCCUCGCCGGCGACGCGGAAGCGCGCCAUGGCCGCGGGCCAGUCCAAGUGCCCGGAGAACGUCGCGCGCCUGAACCGCAUCGUCGAGCUCCGGGCGCGCCUCGCGCGGCUCCUCGGCGCGGAGAACCACGCGGCCGCGGCCCUAUCUUCCAAAAUGGCGGCGACGCCGGCGACCGUGAACGGCUUCCUCGACCGCGUCGCGUCGAAGCUGCGGCCGCUCCGGGACCGGGACCUCGCGCGGCUGCUCGAGAAGAAGCGGCUCGAGCACCCGGGCGCGGCGCGCGUCGACGCCUGGGACGUGGCCUACUACAGCCGCCAGAUCAAGGCGGACCUCGGCAUCGACGAGGAAUCGCUGAAGCCCUUCUUCCCGAUGGACCGGGUCGUGCCCGCGGCGAUCCGGGCGCUCGGCGAGGACGUGCUGGGCUUCUCCGUCGACGGCCCGCUCGCCGACGCGCGCUUGUGGCACGAGGACGUGGACUUGUACGCGAUCCGCGACGGCGCCAAGGUCCUGGGCCACGUCGCCUUGGACCUGAAGUCGCGGCCGGGCAAGUUCGGCCACCAGAUGGUCGUGCCGCUCCGGCCCGCCGCGGGCGAGUCCCCCAACGCGUGCGCCGUGCUGGGCAACAUGGGCGACGCCGCGGGCUUCAUGCGCUUCCGCGAGGUCGAGACGCUGCUCCACGAGCUCGGCCACGUCUUCCACGCGUUGGCGGGCGACGCGAAGCCCGCGAUCCUGAGCUGGGCCUGGCCCAUGGUGCCCUGGCCCGGCGGCGUCGAGAUGGACUUUCUCGAGGUGCCGUCCAUGCUCUGCCAGCAGUGGGUCUACGCGGCGCCCAUGCUCGCCAAGCUCGCGACGCGCGCGGCCGACGGGUCCGAGAUUCCCGCGGACGUCGUCGCCGCGCUCGCGGAGAGCCGCCACCUGCUCGCGGGCGUCGGCAACGCGCGCUACCUGUCCAUGUGCGCCUACGACAUGGCCAUGCACUCGUCGGCGGGGGCCGUGGACGUCGUCAAGCUCUACGGGCCCCUCGUGCGGGAGUACUCGAACCUCGAGGAGAUCGACGGCACGCACUUCGCGAGCAGCUGGUACCACAUGGCCAUCGGCUACGACUGCGCCUACUACGGCUAUCUGUGGUCCGAGAUCUACGCCGUCGACGCCUACGCGCGCUUCGGCGACGCGCUCGACGCGGCCGAGGGCCGGCGGCUCCGGGAUCUCGUGCUCGCGCCGGGCGCCGCGGAGCCCGGCGCGACGAUGAUCGCCAACUUCCUCGGCCGGCCGCCCAACGAGGACGCGUACUUCAAGCGCCUCGGCGUGGAGGCCUAA